AUGCCUGUCCUUGAUGUUAGCGAGCUCAACAUUGUGAUUGCCGUACUGGGCUUCUUUAUCGUCGCUUAUGGCUUCCAAUCUGUAAAGAUCAAGCAAGUCUGGUAUCUCGGUGAAGCACUUCCUGCUGUGGCGUUUGGCAUCAUCUUAGGUCCCAUAGCAGCUAAAUUCCUCGAUUCGACUCGAUGGGGCUCUGCUACGGAAGGCCAACAGAAUGCAAUCACGUUAGGAAUGUGUCGUGUGGUCAUUGGCGUCCAGCUCGUCAUUGCUGGUUUCCAACUGCCAGCGAAAUACCAACUGCGCAGAUGGAAGGAAAUGCUCAUGCUUCUUAUCCUCAUCAUGACUAUCAUGUGGCUAUGUACCACAGCCUGCAUGCUUGCCACUGUCCCCAAGAUUUCGUUACUCGCCGGCCUCGUCAUUGGAUCUUGCGUUACUUGCACCGAUCCAAUCCUUUCUCAAGCAAUUGCCAAAGGGCCUUUUGCCGACAAGUAUGUUCGUCGUCAAUUGCGAGAAAUUAUAUCAUCAGAAGCUGGAGCCAACGACGGAUUUGGCUUCCCAUUUCUGAUGUUGGCUGUCUACCUCAUCCGUCACGCCGAAUAUCCGGGCAUGGAGCAAGAGAUGGCAGAUCAUGCUGCGGCACUGAAUGCCAAAGAGGGAGGCGAAGAACUGGUCCACAAUGUUACUGAGGGCGUCAGCCACUUGCUGGCUCGCGCUAUGUUGGUCGUCCGAGAGUCUGAAGAGGACGUCGGUCGUUUAGGAGGCGGCGUAGGAAAGGCUCUUACUGAAUGGACUGUUGAGACGUGGCUUUAUAUUGUUCUCAUGUCUGUCGCUUACGGUGCCGUCUGCGGGUUUGGGAGCUUGUAUCUGACCAGACACGCACUUCGAAAGCAGUGGAUUGACACCGAGUCCUACUUGCUAUGGCCUACUGGGCUCGGACUGUUCAUUGUCGGCACCUGUGGUGCCCUGGGCACCGAUGACCUUCUCGCUUGCUUUGUUGCGGGCAAUGCUCUCAACUGGGAUGGUCAAUACUUGGCCGAAACUGAAGCAAGGCACGAUGAGGUAAACUCCUGCGUUGAUGUCCUACUGAAUUUCGGCGGCUUCAUGUACAUUGGUACAAUCAUCCCGUGGUCCGACUUUAACGAUCCCAACGGCACUGGUCUCACCUAUCCCCGCUUGAUUGGGUUGGGCAUUCUCGUUCUGCUUUUCCGGCGAAUUCCUGCCAUCUUAGCCACCUACAAACUCUAUCCUGAAGUUUGUAAAGACUGGAAAGAAGCGCUCUUCAUGGGAUAUUUCGGUCCGAUUGGAAUUGGUGCCGUUUUCUACGUCGAACACACACGGCACUUGUUUCCGGAGUCAGGAGAGGCGCUUACGGUCGAAGAAAACGUCCUCACUCGGGUGAUGAUACCGGUUGUUUACUGGCUUGUCCUGUUCAGCAUUAUUGUCCACGGUCUCUCAAUCCCCGCACUCAACGCCUUCCUAAAAUGGCGUGGUGUGGCGCCAAUUCAGGACGAAUGUGGCCCCGUUGAGGUGAACGUUCUCAGUGAGCAUGAACCUAUACCUAAGAAUGCCCGACGUUCCAGCGACCCUAAGAGACGAAGUCUUGUGGUUAACAAUCGGUUCAGCCGAUCAGGGGCCGCGAAUAUUUCUGGACCCCUCGUACAGCACAGCUUGCCCCAGCAGAGUGCUUGGCCUCAACCGAAUUUCCAAUUCUCCGACGGCCGAUCGGAGGAAAAAUCGGGAUACUACCGGACAGAUAUCAGGGAGCGAAGGAUUACGUUUGGCACCUCACCUGUCAAAGAAAUGGACAAGGAAAUGGUGUGA